CCGACAUCGCCGCCGCCUCCGCCUCCACCGCACGUGCGGCCGCUGUGUGCGUGCGCCGAACCGAGCCGCGCCGAUGCCCGUGUGAGAGACACCGCGCACCGACAGUGGACAGCCGACACUCGUCAUGGAUAUCUUAGGUGCGGUGGGCGGAGACGAUGAUGGCGACGACAAGGAGAAGGAGGAGGAGGCCGAGAGGGAACGUCAGGAGGCGAUCCGCGAGGCCGAGGAGCGCCGCAAGGAGAAGCACCGCAAGAUGGAGGAGGAGCGAGAGAAGAUGCGCCAGGAGAUCCGCGACAAGUACAACAUAAAGAAGAAGGAGGAGGUGCAAGAGAUACCUCAGGAAGAGCCGAAUCCGCUAAUGCGGAAGAAGAAGACGCCCGAAGAGUUGGCCCGUGAGGCGGAGGCUGAGGAAGAGGACGACUUCACGAGUAAGACAGAGUUGAAGAACACGAUAGAAUCUCAGGUGAAUGAAAUCAAGUCCCAAAUUGAAAGUAAAUGCGUCUUGCAGUGAGAAAUCACUGGCAUAUAAAAUUACGUCAACUUUAGUGGUUCUAAAAAAAGGUCAUCAACAAGAGGCGACCAGAUUAACAACAUUAGCUUAUGUGGUUCCAAAAAUUGUUAAGAGCAGGAAGGACACAAUAUAUGCAAGAUGAAACCUGUUCUUGAUAAACUCAAUAACUUGGUUUUUUAAACAAAAAUAAACCACACGUAAGUUGAUAUAACAAGAGACUGCGAUAUUUGUAGUGACCAAUCUACAAUAAUAAAUAUUGUUAAGGAUAUUCAAGUAAGGGCAACAUACCAUGAAUUAAUAAAUAAUCAUGCUUGCCAUGCUGUUAGAGUUUUGUAGAGUUAAUAAUAUUACUGAACACAUAGAAUGUAAGUCAAAGUUUAAAUCAGAAAUUUUUAUUAUGAACGAGUCAAAGAAGAAAUAAUUUUUUUAAUAUGUCAGAAUGGGUAAAUGAAUAGAUGAGGUGGAGGAGAAUAGAGAGUAAUGGUAGAAAAUAUGACCAUUGAUAUAAAAUUCGCAAGUCCUUUACCAAUUUCAUGCACGUGAAAAAUAAUUGCUGCUCACUGAAUCGUUAAUAACUGUAGCUGCCUAGAAAAUUUUUGUUUAAUCUGUUUCAUUUAAAAUAUUAUGAUCCACAUAAUGUUAAUGAUUUAAAUAUCUAAGAAGACAGGACAACAAAAAAGAGAAUAAGGAGUCAUCUCAAGAAAGACUGAGGAGCACUGCAGUAAGUUAUUACUUAUCUUCUGACACAAUGGAGAAUUAUCUUCAAAAGAUAUAAAACUAAAAGAUUUGUGUUCAAAAUGUAGUGCUAUGAACUGUACAUUUGUAUCUAAAAUCCUGAAUGUAAGUGUGAAUGGAGGGAAGUUUUUCUGUGUACUAAAUUUUGUACCUUAUUAUUUGUUUGAAUAUAAGCGCAUGGGAAUUUUAUACUAUAUAGAUUUUGAAGAAAGUAACUGGCAAAAUGACAAAACCAUAGAUUAAAUAUACAUUAAAGUGUUCUGAAAUAAUUUACAUAUAUGUUUUCUAGAUUUUCUAGAAAAUAAAUAUAUUUUGAAUCUUGUAACUGUGCAAAAAUGUUCAAAAGUUAUUAAACUGUUGUAUAUAAUCGUGAUAUUCCAGUUAAUUUCAUGUUGUUGUUGCUACUGUUUUAUUUGGAAAAUGUAGUAAAAUUUUUCUAUGUAGAAACAACUGUAAACUGAAGUGAUAAUACGUUCCUCCCUGAGAAAGAUAUGUUCGUAAGCAUCAGUGAGUAUGCUCAAAAGCAGUACAUCCGGCCCAUGGCUGUUUGGUACUCAUCCAAAUUCCGUUAGUUUUGUUCCUAACAAGCACAUUCCUUACAAAAGAAAGGUUCCUUGUGCUCAGUCAGUGUAAAGUAUCAUUUGUUUCAACAUUGUUUCGAAUAAAGUAAGAAACAGAAAUAUGAUUGCAUUUCUGUAACUCAGAAAUUUUAUAUAGUGUAUUUUCUCUUUGUAAAGAAAUGUCUCACAUACUGUAUAUGAAUUUCUUAAAAAUUGGUUGCUGCCAGAUUGACUUAAUAUGUUUACAAUUCUCUCUCAAUUUCUGCUAAACCUUCUUUUAAUAAUAAUGUGACUUUUUUCCUAUGAGGAUAAGUGAUAUGCCUCUCUUCAGAAUUUUUUAUUCCAGUGCUCAUAAUAAAAAUGUUACUGGAAUCAAUUCUUCUGAUAGGGUUCUGUCUGUGGAAUGUGUAGUUGUUGUGAUCCUUCUAUUGAUGUGCUCUCUCCUUUCUCUUCUUCCUCAUCCAUUGUUAUCUCUUGCCACCCAUCCUAGUAAGCUUCUAUAACUGCCAUAUUUUAGAACUGUAUGAUCAAUAUGAAGGCUUAUAUAGUAGUGCAUCUGUAAGACACAAUUUAAUUAGGUAUAUUUAUUAUUGGACUUUGCUCUAUUGCAUAUUGCUUGUCUCUUGUUGACCAACUUUACGCAAAAAUGUACUUAAUGUUGAUAAACUAACUGUAGCCAAGGGAAUUCAUAGUAAAGCUAUAUAUUUAAGCUGUACAAGUAAUAUGAGAUUUUUUAAAUGUUUUACAAAGGAUAUGUUCAGUUUUAGCUGAUGAAUUACAAAUGGAAAUGUUUGUUUUUAUUUCAAGUCUGUUAUCUUCUUGCUCAUAGUUGUAACAAUUCGUUCUAAUCCAAAAGGUCAUUCAGCCAGUGGAAUAUAUGUAAAAAAAGACAAACAUUUUCAGCAGUAUAUUUUUAUAACUAGACAGUCUAUGUAGUUGAUUCCUGAAUUGUGCAUUUCAUAUUGAAGUUAGCUUUAUGUUAAUAUAAUAUGUACUCAGUGAUAAGGCAGAAAAAAAUAUAGAAUGAAGAUAUCAGUCCAAGUUUUCAUCUGUAGAGUUCCCUUAAUGUUAUUCUACAUAAUAAAGCAAGUCAGAAACAUAACUAAAACACUCAUUUUAAACUAUGGUUUCUCUAAGUAAAUAUCUGAUAAAAUAAAUGAACUAAAAUGUAAAAGAUAAACUUUUAAUAAACUUACAUCAUAUGACCCUUAAAAUUUUUCCUGUGCUGUUCUUUACUGUACUGUAGAUUUGUAAUUCAAUAAGGACCUGGAAACUGAAACAUCACAAUGUGAGCAACCUAUUAUUUGAACUUUGAUACACAGUUUCUUCAUGACCCAAAGACCAGCAGUUUUGAAGCUGAAAUAGCAGUCAAGUUCGUUAGUGACAUGUAUGAAAAAUGUGUAUCACCUCUUAUAACGGUGGUCAGUAUUACAUUUUAUUCCAGGAGUACUAUUGUAGAUGAAUGUAUAUUGUCCAUUUAAAGAUGUUUGAUAAUAUAAUUUCCUGAGUUGAUACAGGGCUGUAAAAUCUGUGAUUUAAUAACCUCUAAUGUCAGCCACAGGACAUUUUUAUCCAGCAGGUUUCUUAAUGCAUUUGACUGAGCUCAAAAUAUGUUCUAGAACCAAUGUACCAAAUUUUCUCAGACAUUCAUUGAUAGUCAUAGUUGUGGCAUAUGUAUGCUUUUGGUGUAGACGUAAAAGAUAUUCUAAUUAAUUUAUCAAGCGAAGAUGCUGCUAUAAUAAAACAAUAGUGACUGUCACAAUGAUAUGUCAGUUAGUGUGUACAUUUGAGCUUACUUGUUUGUGCAGAUUUUAGUGAGCCGGGAAUAAAGCCCUAAGAAUGUGUGGUCCAUUGAAAUAUUCUGUAGAUGUUGACACCUAAGUAGACAUUAGCAUGGAAUUUGGGUGAAAUCGAUUAACCAUGGACAGUGACCAAACAAAUGAAAUAGACAUAAUAAGACAUUAUAUGACGAAAACAAUAUCCAGCCAUUCGAUUCAAACACUAAUAUUGAAGCAAAGGUAAUUCUUCUGUAGCUGAAGAGUUUUUAGGGCUCUUUUUCUUUCAUUAAUGCUCUUGUACGAUAUUGUCUUGCAUUGCAUCAACUGUACACUCAUUGCAAUAAAAGAUUUCCAUUUUUGUCAUAAGUUAGUAUUUGGUAAGCUUAGUACCAUUCCCUUUCUUAAACACCAAAAGCUGUAAAAGAUCAAAAAAUCGAUUAUUCAACAACAGCUGAGGUAAACAUAUAAUAAGUUUCAAAUAUAAAUUACUGUUAUUUAGUUGAUUUCACCUCAGUUUUGUGCUUCUCUAUCAAGAGGUGUGUACUAUCAUAUCAAAAACUGUAUUUCACUGAAGGUGUGAUUCAGCUAUUUUAUUAUGUAGCAACUGACAUCAGAAACAACACAUUAAAUUUUCAUUUAUAGAAGCCUGCAUAUUUUAUCUAUCCAUUCAAUAAAGAACUGUGACAGCUAUCACAAACCAUUUACUUCGUUUUCAGUCUCAUAAUGGCUUGUUAUGAACACGAAAAAAGGGAGGACAGGUACAUGAAACCAUGUUUUACUUAAAUUUCUUGUUCUUUCUGUUCCUACCAAAAGCAUUCAGAAACUUGUUACUUACACCUUUUGACUGUAAUAUGAAGACCUGUAGCCUUAAUUGAUUAUAUUUCUGAUUUUAUGGGUAACCUUUUCUCUCAAAAUAUAUAAAAAUGCUUUCAUCACUAUUAUUUGACAAUCAAAAUAAAACAUAGACGUCUUCAGUACUAUGUUAAAUGUUGCACUGGUUGUGGUAUAAUAGAUACAUUAAAUAUUAUGACUGUGCAUUUAUACAGUAGUUAAAUUUCAGUAAAACAUGUACAAAAUACCACGACCACAAAUGUCACCAUGAAAGAACUUUCCCCAAAAAGCCUUAACACAGUUAAUUGUUGUAGUUUAAUAUUACAAAUAUGUGUCAUUAAAUUCUUAGACUGAAUUCAACAUAGAUGUAAGGAAAAGAAAUAAUAUACAAUCCACAGCAAUGUGGUGCAAUUGUGAUAGAAAUAAUUGUUAUUUAUUGUUUUGUAAGUAUCCCUCCAAGAAUUACUAUUGUGCACUUCUUGACGAUGUUUAUGUGUAUGAUGCCUUUGUUAAAAGUUAUUGAUGCACACUCUGUAUAUUGUGUAGAGAAAACUGAGACCUAGUCACAUAUUUAGAAGAAAUGUUGUUACACUUGUAUUUCCAGUGUUCAGUUUAACUGCAAAUAUUAAAACAAAAAAAUGUGAACCACCCUUUUAUAGGAUUAAAGCACUAUUCAUAAUAUACAACAUUAUUUAUAACUGUUAACUGUAAAUUUUUAUUUAUUCCUUGCCAGUCUUUCUGUACAUGUAGUUUUCUUUAGAUUUUUUUCUACUUACAAUCAAGCAAUUUCCUUUUUUAGCUACAACUGCUUCUUGCUUCCUUCCAGAUUUAGUCAAGAUAGGUGCUAAUUUUAUAUAACCAAACUUUGGCAUUUAUUAUUAAUGAAAAUGUAGUUACCAAUAUAUUGAGUUCUCCUGAACCUUGAUUCUGAAAUAAUUUGAGACAAAUUUUUGAUGUUUCCUCAACAAGGGCUAUUUAAGAGUAAAUGAUGGUUCAGUGAUUUAUGAAGUCAAAUUUCCAAUGCUUGAAUACUGUCCCCUGUAUAUUUACUUCUAACAUAUUUUUUUGUGUAUCUCUAGUAUUAUUGUGAUAAUCUUAAGGAAUGCUUGUAAGAUUUCAUUUUAUUAUUUGCCAAAUCAAUUUUUUCAACCAUCCACCAAUUUUCCUGAAACCAUGAGACUACCUAAAAACAACGACACGUACAUUACAAAUUUAUAAUAAUGUUAAUGUGUUUGUGAUCAAACAUGAAAGCUUGCCUAGAUUGCCGAGGAAGUUGUUAGUUAAACAAGUUAUACAUAAACAUUAUACCAUAAAGCUCUGAAAAAUGUUAUACAUUUUCUGCCAGCCCUGAUAAAAUACCUACAAUAAAGAAUUUUUCGAAGUA